GGGUGUCGCGCGUGUGUGCGUGUGCAGCAGGUAGCGCGUUGUGAGUAGAACGAGAACUGCAGCCAGGCAGAAGACGAUCAGUCGGUGGCCUCUCACCCAGUUUGCUACUCGUCGUUUGCAUCGAAGUGUGAUGAGUGUGAACAGCAAAGCGAGACGAAGAGCCAAGCGAUUGAGGAAUCAACCUCAAACUGUCGAAACGAGUGGAGACAUCGAGGCGGCAGCCCCUCGUAGUAUCAGUGUGAUUGAAUUCGUUUCCGCUCGCGCGGCAGAGCUGAACGCAAUGAGACAAGCAGUUCACUCAUCUGCCUCCAAUAAGCAGCUCUUUCAGACUCUACCGAGACAUAUGAGGCGACGAGCCGCUAGCCACAACCCUAAACGACUACCCAAACGUCUCAGAGUGAUAGACAUGAGUGAAAAAGAGGGAACUCCCGAGGGGGGAGAGGGUGGGGAUGGAGUCAAGAAAAAGAGCAGAAAAUUUAGAAGGAAAGUGAAGAACUUGAGAAAGGAGUACGAAACGAGACAGGAUGGGAAAAGAUGGUUGGAGACUCAUUUGUGGCAUGCGAAGCGCAUGAAGAUGGUGAAUAAGUUUGGAUUUCGAUUGGCAGAGGAAAACUGUGGGAAGGGAGUGAGAGCAACAUACAGAGCUCUGCGGCACGGAUGUUUAUUACAUGACAUGUCUUACUAUCGUUGUAUCCAACUGACCGGAAGCCAGUUGACGAUCAUGAAAGCACUUGAGACAGUAACAUCUCCAGAUUCGGUUAAAUCUCUUUACCAGUCACACAUUCUUGACGGCAGCCACGAGCUCACCACACUCUUACAUCGAAGACACUCACACCCACACGAUGUGAUUGGCCCGGCUAAGUUGUUAUGGCAACAGCAAGUAUUAAAACCGGCUGGAAGUGACUGCAGGUUGUGGAUCUGGAUGCAUCCUGCAUGUGCAGACGAAGCAUUCACCGAGUUCAAAUUUGAAUUUGAUGAGCAACAACAAAGUGAAACGACUGUUGAGUUGCUGGAUGAUUUGGUUCGUUUCCGUCUAAUGGGCCCGCGUUCUCAUGUCAUUUUGUGCAACACAAUACAUUCAGUUGUGUCGGACAUCGAUCGGUUGAGUGCAAAUGGUGAAGGUGAUGUAGUCGGUUGUGGAGGAGGGGGAGGGGAGUUUUGGUGUGAGUUGGCGGGUUGUGCUUUGCCGAGUUGCGUUUCUCCAUGUGUGGUGGUAGGUUUGGAUGUUGUUGAUCCGAGGUAUUUGUUACCUCGGAAGAAAGUUGAUUUGGUGUCGGAGUGUUAUCCGAAGAAGAAAGUUGAUAUGCCCCUUCAAAAGCAACUCGACAUUUCAGACAACUCCAAAUCUAUUAUCCCACCUAUUACUCCACUUUCUGUUCCCACAGCAUGUCUCACCCAAACAACAUCAGUCAGGAAAGUUGCUGUGUCUUCUCUUUGGUCGCCAGUCAUCAGAAAGCAAGCGAAGGAUAACAAAUUGGCUGAUCAUGAAAUCAACCAGAGAAGAUCAAGACUGUCUGUCCCUGGAAUGGAGUUGCCGAUAACCGAGGAGACGUCUCGUGUUCCGUUGCUGCUUGUUCAUCAGGAGGGGUCACGUGAUGUGUCUCGGUUGGGGUCACGUGAUGUGUCUAGGUUGGGGUGUGGUUGGGAUAUCAUAUUACCUGCUGGAUGGUCGAUGGCGUUUUGGAUUGCAUUUGUCUAUCGGGGAGCUAGAGCUGCUGCUAUUGCUGAUAUGAUGAGAGUUGAUGUGGAAAUGGGAAAGCUGUCAUUUCCUCUUCAUUUUCCUGAUAGUUUAGCAGGGCAGCAGGAGGCAGCAGCCAAUCGACAAUCAGCAGAGGAGAAAUAUCUGCGAUAUCCACCAGACAAGCGGCCUAGCUUUGCUAAACUAGGGACAGCUACACCAUUUCAUGCCAACUGGGAUGGUCUCGUUGAGCUAUGGACAAGACAGACUGAAACCGAUGAGAAACCAGAGGCUAAGCGCGUGAAGACUAGCGAGAGAUCGUGGUAUGUUCUACGAAGCAAAGAUACACUCAACAAAAUCCAGAAUUUCAUCAGUUCACAUCACUCUACUAGACAAAAGAAACUCCCACCAGAAGUGGCAACGUUGUUAGCAAAACAGCUCAAAGACAAAGGCCUCAUACAACACUCAACAUUACCACCUGAGUCUUCACUGUUUGUUCCUCCAAUUUUCUACAAUCCAAGUGUAUUGAUGUACGUGUCAUUUGCGAUGGUCCAUCGUGGGUCGCCUUCCUCGAUGUCUAUGGUCUGUCUUCCUUCAUCAGAAGACAUUGCAUCUCUUCAACAAGACAAGACAUUUGCCAGUCCUGUUGAGCCAAUACACAAAUCAGAAAAUGAGUCAACAAGCGUCUCGUGUCGCGAUACAAAAUCGAUGCAAGUCUUCAGUGGUGCAACAACAAGAGUGCAAAUCGGUUACGUCAUAUCCGGGGAUUUUUGUUUUACUCGUGGGUGUGGCACUGGGAUUGCAUUAUGUGUUGCAUCCGGGCUGUUGCAGUCGAUCAUGAAGACUGUUGGAAGAAAACCAUUGAUAUUAAUUAGAGAAUGUAAUUCAUUUUGCUAUCGAUUUGCUGAGUUUGUAUUAACUGAAAUAGUAGGGUAGACAUGCACCUCAACAUUCUAUGAUAAAAAAUUACAGUCACCUGCUAAGCUAA